AUGCCACACUCGUCGCGUAGGCCGGGUAAACCAUACCACCCGAAGCGGGUCAUAUCAGAGACGGAAGAUGGCUGGUCCAGAGUCGAGCACACAGCGCCUACAAGAUACGGUAGCAAGCCCGUAGUAGGCAGCUCGCUUCCAGCAGUCGACAGAUCGCUCACAGUGCAGAAGCUACUGGAUGAACACACUCGGUGCAAACGGCAGUGGGUAGAGAGCGAAGCGCGCCGAUGGCUCCAACAGCUGUUGACAAGGCAGAUGGCAGAGGGGGGAUGGUCUUUGAACAAGGCCGUCUGUGUCGCUCUGGGCAGUCCGAGUCUGUCAUGGGCAAACCGUCUCAGAAGUGUUUGGCAGCUGGUCAUGUUUAUGGAUUUGGUAGACAUGGACGCCGACGAGCUCAAGCUCUAUGCCCAGGAGCCACGCUUCACUUCGCUCGACAAAGACUUCCUCGAAUCCCUUGGUGUCGCCGUUCUAGAGCCUCCUCAGGCCGAAGAGCUAGCGGAUGAGUCGACGCUCAUCUUCAUACCUUGCCUUGAGUGGCUUCUCGAGCUGCCUUUUAUGCUAGUUGCUGAAAAGUCACAACUCUACGUUAGCUCGUCUAUGCAUUGGGUUAUCGACGAGGCUGAGCGCUUUCGAAACCGACUGGCCGCCGAUUCGAAGAGCGACACUCCCGUACUGAAACAAUGCGACAGUGCAAUGGCUGCCGCAAAGGCCAUCCUCGACACGCACCAAGAAAACAAGAUGCCAGAAGCCGAUUUCGCCGACGGCCACAGUCUCGCCUUGACCAUCUAUACCCUGAAGCAUUCAGACGAAGAUUGA